GACGGGUUGCGUCAUGUGGCGUGAGGUGUUCUCGCGCGCGCUAGCGCGCGUCUCCGGGUGCUGCUGACUGGCGUGCGCGGUUGUGCAGAGUCGGAGGUGGGGGCCGAACCAGCCGAGGUUGCGGGGGCCGCAGAGCCGGACGAAGACGGAGGGCAGAGCCGGCUUCGGGACUGCGGAGACUACACACCGAGCGAGCGCCUAGGCCCGAAGGGAGCGAUGCUGUGGUUCCAGGGCGCCAUUCCGGCCGCCAUCGCGACGGCCAAAAGGAGCGGCGCGGUCUUCGUGGUGUUUGUGGCAGGUGAUGAUGAACAGUCUACACAGAUGGCUGCAAGUUGGGAUGAUGAUAAAGUUACAGAAGCAUCUUCAAACAGUUUUGUUGCUAUUAAAAUUGAUACCAAAAGUGAAGCCUGCCUACAGUUUUCACAAAUCUAUCCUGUAGUGUGUGUUCCAUCCAGUUUCUUUAUUGGAGACAGCGGAAUUCCCUUGGAAGUAAUAGCAGGAAGUGUUUCUGCAGAUGAACUUGUUACAAGAAUUCACAAAGUCCGACAGAUGCAUUUGCUAAAAAGUGAAACAUCAGUAGCAAAUGGCAGUCAGUCAGAAAGUUCAGUGUCUGCUCCAUCUGCCUCAUUUGAACCUAACAACACUUGUGAAAACUCUCAGUCCAGAAAUGCAGAGCUUUGUGAGAUACCACCCACUUCUGAUACAAAGUCAGAUACUGCAACAGGAGGAGAAAGUGCAGGCCAUGCCACUUCCUCUCGGGAGCCUAGUGGAUGCUCAGUUCAGAGACCUGCAGAGGACCUCAACAUCCGAGUGGAAAGACUAACAAAAAAACUUGAAGAAAGGAGAGAAGAGAAAAGAAAAGAGGAAGAACAGAGAGAAAUAAAGAAGGAAAUUGAGAGGAGAAAAACUGGAAAAGAAAUGUUGGAUUAUAAAAGAAAACAAGAAGAAGAAUUAACAAAAAGAAUGCUGGAGGAAAGAAACAGAGAAAAGGCAGAAGACAGGGCAGCUCGAGAACGUAUAAAACAGCAGAUUGCGUUGGACCGUGCAGAGAGAGCUGCUCGUUUUGCAAAGACAAAGGAAGAAGUAGAGGCUGCCAAAGCUGCUGCCUUGCUAGCCAAACAGGCAGAAAUGGAAGUCAAGAGGGAAUCUUAUGCAAGAGAAAGAAGCACUAUUGCAAGAAUUCAAUUCCGUCUUCCUGAUGGUUCUUCCUUUACAAAUCAGUUCCCUUCUGAUGCUCCUCUAGAAGAGGCAAGGCAGUUUGCUGCACAGACUGUUGGCAACACUUAUGGUAAUUUUUCGUUAGCAACCAUGUUUCCCAGGAGGGAAUUUACCAAAGAAGAUUAUAAAAAGAAGUUACUGGAUUUGGAACUUGCCCCAAGCGCUUCGGUGGUACUGUUGCCAGCAGGAAGACCAACUGCAUCCAUUGUACACUCUUCCAGCAGAGACAUUUGGACCUUGUUGGGAACAGUACUUUAUCCAUUCCUUGCCAUCUGGAGAUUAAUUAGCAAUUUCUUGUUUAGUAGUCCGCCUCCCACACAGACUUCAGUGAGAGUAACAUCGUCAGAACCCCCAAACUCUGCAUCAUCUAGCAAAUCAGAAAAAAGGGAACCAGUGAGAAAAAGAGUGCUGGAAAAACGUGGAGACGACUUUAAAAAGGAGGGGAAAAUUUAUAGAUUAAGGACUCAAGAUGAUGGUGAAGAUGAAAACAACACUUGGAAUGGAAAUUCCACUCAACAGAUGUAGUGACAAAUGGAGUCUCCCUCUGUUGCCCAGGCUGGAGCACAGUGGCGCAAUCUCGGCUCACUGCAAGCUCUGCCUCCCGGGUUCACGCCAUUCUCCUGCCUCAGCCUCCCGAGUAGCUGGGACUACAGGUGCCCGCCACCACGGCCAGCUAAUUUUUGUAUUUUGUUUAGUAGAGACAGGGUUUCACCAUGUUAGCCAGGAUGGUCUUGAUCUCCUGACCUCAUGAUCCGCCUGCCUCGGCCUCCCAAAGUGCUGGGACUACAGGCGUGAGCCACCGCGACUGGCUUCUCCCUCCCUUUUGUUGAGUACAUUUGGUAAUUUUUUGCCACGA